UAAUCUCUUUGAAAAAUGUCUGGACGUGGAAAGACCGCAGUGAAGGCCAGAGCCAAGGCGAAGACCCGCUCCUCUCGUGCCGGCCUUCAGUUCCCAGUCGGCCGUGUUCACAGGCUGCUGCGCAAAGGAAACUAUGCGGAGCGUGUCGGUGCCGGAGCCCCCGUGUACCUGGCGGCGGUGCUGGAGUAUCUGACGGCUGAGAUCCUGGAGCUGGCUGGAAACGCCGCCCGCGACAACAAGAAGACCAGGAUCAUCCCCCGUCACCUGCAGCUGGCUGUCCGCAACGACGAGGAGCUCAACAAGCUGCUGGGCAAAGUCACCAUCGCUCAGGGCGGCGUGCUGCCCAACAUCCAGGCUGUGCUGCUGCCCAAGAAGACCGAGAAGGCCGGAAAGGCCAAGUAAAGCCCCGCGCUGAUUCAGUCACUCCAACGGCUCUUUUAAGAGCCACCCACUUAUUCUGAAAGGGCAGAAUGCUAAUGGGAACAAAUGAUGUACACCAACGAUAACACAUUAAAUACACGACUCAGGUUUCAGUUUGAAAGCCCAUGAGCUCCAGUUCUGUUAAAACGAGGAGCUACAUAUCCAUCAGUAGGUGUCUUAAUACAACUGAACAUAGUCAUCUUUCCAUUACCUGUCAAACAUUCAAAUCAGACAUACUCAUGUAAUUAAGGGACUGUUCUUUACAUGUCAGGAGGGGGGUGUCUGCUGGUGCUAUUUAUUUCUGACCUUCUGGGCCGCUACACAUAUUUUUACUUAAGGCUUGAAAAGGGUCCUAAUUAGUGCAUGGCCCCCCCUCCAUCACAAAUGAGGUAUUAAAAUUUAAAUCUCACCCUUUGAUGUUCAAAAGAUAAAAGCUGAAGAUGAAAUCCUGGAGGUUGCUAACGCCUUGGUUUUCCACUGUUGUAGUGCAGACUGGUUGGCUGUACAG